CCAGGGAUCAAACUCAGGACCUUGCGCUUCUGAGGGAGGCGUGGUGCCACUAAGCUAAAUCCCUGGCGAAAGAACUUCCGUUAAAUAAGAGAUCAGCAAACUGUGACUUGUGGGCUGUAAGGACCCGUUCGUUCUUCUGCGGGCUACAAGAAGGCAGAGGAUGAGAUGUCCCGGGCCACGUCUGUUGGAGACCAGCUGGAGGCACCGGCCCGCACCAUUUACCUCAACCAACUGCAUCUCAACAAAUUCCGCGACAACCAGAUCAGUACAGCCAAGUACAGCGUGUUGACAUUUCUACCUCGAUUCUUGUACGAGCAGAUUAGAAGAGCUGCUAAUGCCUUCUUCCUCUUCAUUGCCUUAUUACAGCAAAUUCCAGAUGUAUCUCCAACAGGAAGAUAUACCACCCUGGUGCCAUUGAUCAUUAUUUUAACAAUUGCGGGCAUCAAAGAGAUUGUAGAAGAUUUUAAACGACAUAAGGCAGACAAUGCAGUUAACAAAAAGAAAACAAUAGUGUUAAGAAAUGGUAUGUGGCACACCAUUGCGUGGAAAGAGGUGGCAGUAGGAGACAUCGUGAAAGUUCUCAAUGGACAGUAUCUUCCAGCAGACAUGGUCCUGUUCUCCUCCAGUGAACCUCAGGCAAUGUGUUACGUUGAAACAGCUAAUCUAGAUGGGGAAACGAACCUUAAGAUACGGCAGGGCUUGAGCCACACUGCUGACAUGCAGACGAGGGAGGUGUUGAUGAAGUUGUCUGGAACAAUAGCAUGUGAAGGGCCCAGCCGUCACCUCUAUGACUUCACUGGGACCUUGAACUUGGAUGGGAAAAGCCCUGUUCCCCUUGGGCCUGACCAGAUCUUAUUAAGAGGUACACAGCUUAGAAAUACUCAGUGGGUCUUUGGCAUAGUUGUUUAUACUGGACACGACACCAAACUCAUGCAGAAUUCGACCAAAGCACCUCUCAAGAGAUCGAAUGUUGAGAAAGUAACCAACGUACAGAUCCUGGUGUUGUUUGGCAUCCUCCUGGUCAUGGCCCUGGUGAGCUCCGUGGGGGCCCUGUACUGGAACAGGUCUUACGGUGGAAAGAACUGGUACAUCAAGAAGAUGGACACAAGCUCAGAUAAUUUUGGAUACAACCUGUUGACGUUCAUCAUCUUAUACAACAAUCUUAUUCCCAUCAGUCUGCUGGUGACUCUAGAGGUUGUGAAAUACACACAAGCCCUCUUCAUAAACUGGGACACAGAUAUGUAUUAUAUAGAAAAUGACACUCCUGCAAUGGCAAGAACAUCAAACCUUAAUGAAGAACUUGGGCAGGUAAAAUAUCUGUUUUCUGACAAGACUGGAACUCUGACAUGCAAUAUCAUGAACUUCAAGAAGUGUAGCAUUGCAGGAGUAACCUAUGGACAUUUCCCAGAACUGACAAGAGAGCCAUCCUCAGAUGACUUCUCUCGGCUGCCUCCCCCCCCUAGUGAUUCCUGUGACUUUAAUGAUCCCCGGCUGCUGAAAAACAUGGAAGAUCACCAUCCUACAGCCCCAUGCAUACAGGAGUUCCUUACCCUGCUGGCUGUGUGCCACACUGUUGUUCCCGAGAAGGAUGGAGAUGAGAUCAUCUACCAGGCCUCCUCCCCAGAUGAAGCUGCUUUGGUGAAAGGAGCUAGGAAGCUGGGCUUUGUCUUCACAGCCAGAACACCAUACUCCGUCAUCAUAGAAGCGAUGGGACAGGAACAGACAUUUGGAAUCCUUAAUGUCUUGGAAUUUUCCAGUGACAGAAAAAGAAUGUCUGUAAUUGUCCGAACUCCUUCAGGACAACUUCGACUAUACUGUAAAGGAGCUGAUAAUGUAAUUUUUGAAAGACUUUCAAAAGAUUCAAAGUACAUGGAGGAAACAUCAUGCCAUCUGGAAUAUUUUGCCACAGAAGGCCUUAGGACUCUCUGCGUGGCCUAUGCUGAUCUCUCAGAGACUGAUUAUGAGGAGUGGCUGAAAGUCUAUCAAGAAGCCAGUAUCAUAUUGAAAGACAGAGCUCAGCGGUUGGAAGAGUGUUAUGAGAUUAUCGAGAAGAAUUUACUAUUACUUGGAGCCACAGCCAUAGAAGACCGCCUUCAGGCUGGUGUUCCAGAAACCAUAGCAACUCUGUUGAAGGCAGAAAUUAAGAUAUGGGUGUUGACAGGAGACAAACAAGAAACCGCAAUUAACAUAGGAUAUUCCUGUCGAUUGGUGUCACAAAAUAUGGCCCUUAUCCUCCUGAAGGAAGAUUCUUUGGAUGCAACAAGAGCAGCCAUCACCCAGCACUGCACUGACCUCGGGAAUCUGCUGGGCAAGGAAAACGACGUGGCUCUCAUCAUCGAUGGCCACACCCUGAAGUAUGCGCUGUCUUUUGAGGUCCGCAGGAGCUUCCUGGACUUGGCGCUCUCCUGUAAAGCGGUCAUAUGCUGCAGAGUGUCUCCUCUGCAGAAGUCUGAGAUAGUGGACGUAGUGAAGAAGCGGGUGAAGGCUAUCACUCUCGCUAUUGGGGAUGGUGCCAAUGACGUCGGGAUGAUCCAGACAGCCCACGUGGGAGUAGGGAUCAGUGGCAAUGAAGGCAUGCAAGCCACCAACAACUCAGAUUAUGCCAUUGCACAGUUUUCCUACUUGGAGAAGUUGCUGUUGGUUCACGGAGCCUGGAGCUACAACCGGGUGACCAAGUGCAUAUUGUACUGUUUCUACAAGAAUGUGGUUCUCUACAUCAUUGAGCUUUGGUUCGCCUUUGUUAAUGGAUUUUCUGGGCAGAUUUUAUUUGAACGUUGGUGCAUCGGCUUGUACAAUGUGAUUUUCACUGCAUUGCCACCCUUUACUCUGGGAAUCUUUGAGCGGUCAUGCACUCAGGAGAGCAUGCUCAGGUUUCCACAGCUCUACAAAAUCACCCAGAACGCCGAAGGCUUCAACACAAAGGUUUUCUGGGGUCACUGCAUCAACGCCUUGGUCCACUCCCUCAUCCUCUUCUGGUUUCCCAUGAAAGCACUGGAACAUGAUACUCCCUUGUCCAGUGGUCAUGCUACAGACUAUUUAUUUGUUGGAAAUAUUGUUUACACGUAUGUUGUGGUUACAGUUUGUCUGAAAGCUGGUUUGGAGACUACAGCAUGGACUAAAUUCAGUCACCUGGCCGUGUGGGGAAGCAUGCUGAUCUGGCUUGUGUUUUUUGGUGUCUACUCAACCAUCUGGCCCACCAUCCCCAUUGCUCCAGACAUGAAAGGGCAGGCAACUAUGGUCCUGAGCUCUGCACACUUCUGGUUGGGGUUAUUCCUGGUUCCUACCGCUUGUUUGAUCGAAGAUGUAGCCUGGAGAGCGGCCAAGCACACCUACAAAAAGACAUUGCUGGAGGAGGUGCAGGAGCUGGAAACCAAGUCCAGAGUGAUGGGAAAAGCGAUGCUGAGGGACAGCAAUGGAAAGAGGAUGAAUGAGCGCGACCGCCUCAUCAAGAGGCUCAGCAGGAAGACGCCCCCGGCCCUCUUCCGAGGCGGCUCCAUCCAGCAGUGUGUCUCACAUGGGUAUGCCUUUUCCCAAGAAGAACAUGGAGCUGUUACUCAGGAAGAAAUAGUUCGAGCUUACGACACCACCAAAAAGAAGUCAAAGAAGAAAUAAGAUGCAACUUUUCCCAACUGGUCCAAGGGAGGAGAUACUGUCUGUUGUAUCCAGUGUUAGCACUUCUUUGUCAGAAGGGACUGGUGUCCACAGCCAGAACAACCCGAAAACACAUUUCUGUGGCCUUAGCCAACCAGUUUGUUCGUUAUAUAUUCCUUUGCAAGCCCUGAGCACAGACCGCAGGGAAAGCCAUUUUUUUCCCUCCCAAUUUGUCUUCAGCGCUUGGCCUAAACUUUUGUUUAUGUUGUUAUGAAGCAUUCAGCUGUGCUCUGCGAGGUGUGAAAUUAAAAACACUAUGUUUCACCAAUAUUUAAACAUCAUUACUAGUUGUUCUGGGAGAAAGAGAAAGGGGUUUGACGUUGCAUGAGAGAUCUGUCCUGUGUAAUUGGAUUGGGGCACACUUACUUCCUGUUUGUUAACUCACAGAUUAGUUCCAAGGGUCAGCAAGAAAACCUCACCUUAGGCAGGUUGCUUGCUUCCUUGCGUUCCUGUUUUGUUUGUAUGAAGCGGCAUAAACUUCUUGAUUGCAGUGAAAUCACAAAAAUCUCUGUUUUGCUGGGGGUAAACUUGAGAACAUUUCUUUGGACCUCUCAGCCACAUUCCCAGGAAGGCCAUUUAGCUGGUGCCCCAUAGGGUCUCCUGCACCUUUCUAGGUGCCAGCUGGCUAAUUGGUCCUGCCGCUAUUGUCUGGGUGCCCCUCAUCGUCAGUCCUUCUGUGUGUCUGGCCACUGGGCUUGGUGCAUGCAGCUGGCGUGAAGCCCACCCUAAAUUGCACUUUCCCUUGUUGCGCUGCAGAUUCAGAUAUGGAUGCCAGAAAUCCCCUCCUCCAUCACUCAUUUAAUUCUGUAACUAAAGAGGAGAAACAUUACUAUUUUACACAUAUCCUAGACAUUUACCCCUUUCUGACCAGGGAUCCUGAGGGCCAGGGUGGUGGGAGGAUCCCUCUGCCCUGCUUUGGCUAGGAGUACUCAUCUCUCUCCCUGAUCAUUGGGUCUUAGAGCCACCUCAGAACCAUGCUUGUUUCCUGGGGUGCUCAGAGCACAUUCUAGAAUUUCACUGCUGGGAAACAAAUGAAUUUAUAACAUGCUUGCAAGUGAAAGGAGAUACCUGUCACUCUCUAGCUCUAGAAUCAGGAGGCGCAAACCCAGAGGGAGAGUAGAAGGCCUUGAGACUCUGAGGAAGAUGACCACAGACGUCCUCAGAGGCAGUGCAGUGCGCCCAGGAUUGGAGGCAGACACAGAGGACAUUUCCGCCAAAUCUUCCCAGUAGAUAGUCUCACACGGAGGCCCGGACAGUUGAGAUGAUCGGCCACCUAUGGACAAGACCUUGCCACACAGUUUUAGUGAAAAGAAUUCCAAACAUCUCAAGGAAAUGCCCAUUUUUAAAAUACUUCUAUCCUUUCCUUUAUUUAUCCAGUCAGCUUUGGCACAGGCUUCUCCUGAGUUCUGAGACAAGGAAGGGGAACACAGGUCACGGACUUCCCCACGUUCUGGACUGGACAGAACCCACAGGCAGGCAUGGGAGAACCUGGAACCCUCAAUAACUGACCCCUGGAGGUACGUCGCCUCCUCUUUGGUAACCCAACCAGAUUUCUUGGUGAUUUAAAUACAUCUGGGCAACUGUUACUGGUUAAAAUGGCACAAUUCCUUGAGGAAUAGUGUGCUAACUUGGGAAAUAAAACAAUAGUGCACUCUGUUUCCUAACCCUUUGUUUUUGGAACAUUCACAGCUUACUGGAUGUUGAAAUAACCUAGAAUCCAAUUUGCACUGACUUAAGCAAACUAAUUCUCACUUGUGAGGUGACCAGGAUGCAGAAAGGGCUGACAGAGCAGUUAACAGAGUGGCUCUGAAGGUUUUCUUCCCUUCCUCUCUAAGGCAAAUAAAACAUGUUUAAAAACUAGAGCACUCAGCGAUUUGAAUCCCUAAAGACUGCCAUGCGGGGAUGCGGACAGGAGAUUAACACAGCAAAGCAAGGUGUAAUUCUUUACUGCACGUGUAGAAAGGUAAGGGCCCAUAUACAGAGGAGAAAGGGAAAUUAGAAUUGAAAGUGCAAUAGGCAUCUUGACAAUUUCUUUUCUUUCAUCUGGGGACAAAGCUGAUUUGGAAAGAUUGAAUGAAAACUCACUUAUUCGUCAAACAGCCCUUUCUUGCACUUGAAGCCUUUCAAAUCAGAUUUGCGGAGGAAAUGUGUUUGUGUUUAGAGGUAGUUUUUGUCUGUGUUUUUGCUUUUUAUUUUAUAUUCUAUGUUAAAGUACAGUUUGCAUUUUCUGGGAUUGAAGUACAUUUUCCUCUUCUUUGUGAAGUAGACUAAACAAUCAGCACAAUAAUGAGGUUUGUACACAAAAGAAAACAUUUCUAGAAGGGAUCCUUUCUAUUUAUUCUCUCAUGUGAUCAAGCUUUCUUAUAGACCAAUGACUACACUGGGUUUCUAGGCAAGGCAGCUGUCAUGACGAGUGAUGUAUAAUAUUUGUCCCGGGCCAGCUAGGGGCUGUGUCAUUUGUCCUAUCUUGUAAAUUGAGGUCAGAGUGUCACACACAACCCCUCCCCAGGGAGCAGAGUGGACUGGACUGGGUUGCAUAUCUGGUUGUCAGCUCAGUGGAAAUGUCACAUGGGACUUAUCGUACUCCCACACAGUAAGUGACUCCCAGGCCAGAAGGUCAGACUCAGUCAGCACUUCAGUGCCUGCCGGUAGGCUGGACUGAGUUAGAAGAACCCACCCAGGCAAACCUUUAAGCUGUAUGCAGACAGCUGGCUCCUGUUUGAGGCUGUCCUGUUCUGGCUGACUGCAAACAGGCAAGACAGGUCAUUCUCUGAGCUUAGUUCUGAGCCCUGCCACGCUGACACCCAUUCCCAUCGGUGGCUAUAGAAAACACAUGGUGGAGGGAGAAAGGGACCGGGAGAAGCUACUUGUUUCUGCCCAGAAGUCUGUAUAAACACGACUUGCUGCUCAGAGUGGGCUUUGUAAUAAUUUGGAGAGUGUAGCUGAUGUGUCUGUCCUGUCUCAAUGCAGAAUAUUCCAGGUUUCUUGACCAGCAUUAUUUUCUCUCAUCUCCCAAUGCAUAUGUAUACACACAAAAACAAAAAUGUGACUUACUUGAACCGGGGUACCACACAAAAUCCAAGUUUUGGAGAAAAGGGAUGGCAUUUCUUUAACUUUGUAGAGAAAUAUCUUUAAAAAGUGUACUAGGAUUCAGCAGAGCUUGGCUGAGAACUCUGUUGAUAAUUUCUCUUCCGCAACAAGGCUUCGGGUUUGCUAUAGGGAGCUGGAAGCAAAAAUCAGCCAUAACUCAUCAAGAAGUAGUGAAUGAUGAAAAGAAAAGCGAGUCUAGGCAGCUAAUGUCUGAAAAUGCAUAUGACCAUUUAGAAUACAGGCUUCAAGUUUGAAUAUUUAAAAAAAUUAUAGCCUAUAAUCUGUUUGUUAUAAAAAUGACCUCCCCACUUUUUUAGCCAUAAGAGAAUUUUCUAUCAGAUAUUCCUGUUCCUAAGGAUGCAUGUCUUAAACUGUAAGUUGAAUAUAAUGUAUGCAAAAUUCUGCUGUAAGAUAAGGUAUUCUUUAGUUUUGAACCUGUGAAAGGACUACACCCAUUUCAGUCAGGGUUUGGAUUACUGCCCAGGGUCAUCGUCGCAAAGUAACUCAAGGAGUGAUUUAGCUUCAGCAUUUGAAAUGUAGCCUUCAUCUCCUGGGAUCCAUAAAAAAAAAAAAAAUGUGCACAAGGAAGCUGGCUAAGCAGAGCCUAAAAUAAUAACUUGGCAAAGAAAUGAGUUUAUCAGGUGAAGUCAAAACAUGGCAUUCCCUGUUACACUCAUUACUUUCUUCAAGCAAAUGCUUAAAUGAGCAAACAGAAGAAUAAAGGAGAUAUUUAAAGGGCCCUCCUUUCAAAAAAAAAUACGUCGGUCAGUUUUGUUGAUGUUUUUUUUUUUUUUUUUUGGUACCGGGGAUCGAACUCAGGUCCUUGCACUUGCGAGGCAGGCGGUGGAACCACUGAGCUAAAUCCCCGACCCAGUUGAUGGUUCUUCAUUGGCUCUAGGCAGUUAGUUAUCUGUCUCAGGAUAGCCUAGGGGGACAUUAUUAACUCAUAUGAGCAAUUUCUCCACUUGGAAGGGCAAGGAAGACGGAAGUGGUCCUAGAACUGAGCCCUAAAGACCCCAUAGUGACACUAUUCAGUAUUCUUAAAAGGAAUGGACUAGCGACACUCAACUUGGUGUAUGUCCUUCAUUUGUUCACUUUUUCUCAGCAUCCCAAACUGUCCAACAGUCCACCUUUCCAUGCCCACCCCCCUCUCCCAAUGAGUAUGAAUGAUUUCUUCAGUGGAAGAAAAAGGGUAUGAAAUCAACAUGAAUCUAAGCUGUCAGAAGCUACAAACACAUGAGAGACAAGAAGGGCGUGCUCACCCAUUACCUCAUCCCAAGUAUGAUCCUCCAUUGUCAACCUAGGACAAACACCUCCACACUGCCGAGAGAGAGAAGACGAAAGGGUGAUUCUUUUUACACCCAGGCUGGCUUAUUCUCCAAUGACAGUCUCUCUCUCUAGCAGCCUCCAGAUACGGUACCUACUCUACGUUUUCUCCCAGACAUCGGACCAAGAAAAACAUGCUCAAAAGAUUAGCCCACAGGCCUUUCUUCUGACCUAGCUAAAGAAAGAAAAGGGAAUUGUUUGUUUUAACAGAAACAAAAUGUCAGGUGGUUAUGAUUUAUGGAAGAAAUAAGAAGAAGAAAGAUGAAAUAAUAGCACUAUCCAAAUAACCCUGCCCAGGAAACUUAGGGAUCAAGAGAGCUUAUCAAGACCCAAGUACAGGUAACCUCCUCCAUGCAGAAGGAAAAAGCCCGGAAGACAGAGAGACAAAGAGCAGAUUGUCAGCCUACUUGCCAAGCAAAUGGAUACAGUAGUGUUCCUAGAAAUAACUGGGUGUACAGUUGCAGGUGAAUCAGUAAACAACAAAUAACAGAAAAAGAAAACCUGUCCCGUUGUAAGAGUCUCCUUCCAACAAGAUCCCUGCACCAUACCUUAUAAAUAUGUGUAAUUGUUAUGUUUUUUUAAAAAAGAGCCCCAUUGGGUGGGGUGAGGGGGCUCUUGCUGGAAAUGUGAAAACCCCUGGGUUUGAUCCCCAGUACCACACACACACACACACACACACACACAUAUACACACACACCAGUACUCAUUUGGCUCAUUUGGUUUCUCACUAAAACAUAAAUAUAAAGUCGAAAACUGCUCCCUCUGCUCUCCUAUUCCCUCUCCUGUUCCCUCUCCCGUGUUGCCAGUGAUGGCCAAGUCUAGAGACAGGCCAGGCUGUUUCCGUGCGGGCCUCAUUCUCCAGGGAAAUCCAGGCAGCUACAGCAGGGCUGCCAGCUGCAGGGUGAGCCCAUCGUUCUUGCAUGCCUGCACAUCAUUACAUUGCUGUGUUUGAAUGGAGCGUCUUUGUGGUGUCUUUCUCAUGCAAGGAGAGCCAUGUGCUCUCCUAUCCACUGUCACAUCUGUGCUAGAAUUGCCUAAAUAUUGUUUGGGAUGGGGAGGUUUCAAUCUGGUUAUGCAGAGGGAACAGGCUGCAGGGGCAUGGUUAAUUGGCUCCCAGCAGAGCAGUGAGCACUUCCAAGGCUGGUGGGGUUUUUUGUUCCCUCCCUCUAGAAGUGUAACCAUUUUCCCGACCUAUUAAUGUCCUCUGGUUGUUAACUUAGAGCAGCACAUAGAAGUGGAGCUACGUUCCCUCCUGCAGUGAAUACAAAUGAAGGACAUCUCCUUGUAUGUUUAAAGGUGUUUGGAGAAUUUAGUGAUUUGUGGCUUUGAUCAAUCCUGUCAACUGGUAUAUGUCUGCACAAACCUGUUUCAAAUAAAUCUUUUAUUAAGGUAAA